AUGUCUCCACCCAAUCGUGGACGUGAUACCACCACUGAACAAGGAAAUGCUAGACAACAUGGAAAGCGUCUCCCAAUCGAGACCGAGGCUCGUUAUACUCUAAUGCCAGUGAGAGACCACCAAGAACCCAGCCGUCAGACUCGACAUGCCCCAAAAACUGUUCAACUUCGAGGUCUAACUACUGACGCAAGGAAGCAAAAGGAACCCGUUCAAAUCGGCCGUAAAGCUGAAGCAACAAAGGCUAAAGGACCAAACACUGCGACGCCCAAAGCAAGGACCCGAGCGGACACUGUUACACAUGGUCACGGCAAACCAUCGAGACAUGACGUGCCACGAACAGAAGCCAUUUACACAAUGAUGCCAGUUCGUGAUCAUAAGGAGCCUGGGCAAGUUGCUGUUCGCAAGGCUAAAGUCGACCCGAAACCCAAGGAAAUCCCCAAAAAAUCCGAGGUUACUCACCGACCGUUGAUUAGAAAAGAAAGCAAGAAGACUGGUUUCUGGAAAGCCUUGUUUGGACCUCAACCGGUUUCUCCUGCAACACUUCGUCGAGCAGAAACAAUUGGUAAGGACUCACGCGUGAAACACGAGAAGAGUAAACGCCGGCAGUCCCUAGAUGCUUCAGCCAUUGGUGAUUCAAGUUAUAUGCAAGAUCCGUCAAUGCUGCGACGCGUUUAUGAACAUUACCGCCAAGGCGAUUCCAUUGAUUCCUCUGAUGGAGAGUCUUUGUCAACUUGUCGAUGUUACGAGACCUCGAACAACAACGGAUAUAGUAAUCCUAUGUACUACACUCGUAGAUGA